UUCAAAACAAGUUCAAGACCCGGCUCUUACGAUUCUUCGUUGACAGAAGCGUAUCGUUGCUAUUUCAGUUGCUAUUUUAACAGAUUUCAGAGACCUGUUUGAGUUCAAGUGCCUUCUUGUUUCUGCAGACAGGUUUCUGUUGUUGUGAUCGAUUAUCUGGAUUCUACAGUUUUUCCUGUGUUUCACCUUGAUCUGGUGCAAAGAUCAACUCUAGAGAGACACAACAUGCUGUGUCCCAGUGAGAGUUGGGUGAACCUGGAUGACCCUCCCUGCCCCGACACUGAUGCUGUCAUCCCCUCCUGUCCUACAAUGAGGUCCACCAGCCUAAUAUGCCCCACCCCUAGAUCCUCCAUCUUCUACAACAGCAUCCUACAACAGUUUGAACAACCUAUUUCCUUCCCAUCCUUCAUCCCAAGCCAGUAUCUGAAUAUUCAUAAUGCAGGUUUUUUCAGUCCAAAUACCAGUGUGCUUCAUUCAGACUAUCCUAACUUUACUUCUAACUGUACUGACACUAAUGACCUUCCUUCUAUGUUUCUAUUAGAGAGUAGACAUGUUUUCCCCAGCCGAAAUCAUACAUCCCUCCCUGCCACCAGUGCAAGCAUAUUCCCAAGCCCAUGUGAUAUGUCCCUCCCUGCUGGCACCAGUGCAAGCCAAACCUCAAUCGUCGAAGAGUUUAUUGCUGAACUCUCACCACCUCAUUUCAUGCCUGUUACUAUUUGCAGUGAAUCAAGCCUGAGUCAGAACAUCAGCCAGACGUCAUUGGGUUUAGAUGUUUCCACCUUCCAGCCUCUUCAAGUUGAAAGCACAUGCAGCCUACAUCAAGAUACAAUCAGCCAGACGUCAUUGGUCCCGGAUUUCGAUGUUUCCAGCUUCCAGCCUCUUCCAGUUGACAGUGAAUGCAGCCUGGAUCUCCCAACAAUUAGCCAGACUUCAUUGGGCCUGGAUUUUGAUGAUUCUACAUUCCAGCCGCUUCCAAUUGAUAGUGAAUGCAGCAUAGGUGAAGCAGCAAUCAGCCAGGCAUCAUUGGGCCCAGAUUUCGCUGUUUCUCGCUUCCAGCCUCUUCCGGUCGACAGUGAAUGCAGCCUGGAUCUACCAACAAUCAGCGAGACGUCAUUGGGCCCAGAUUUUGAUGAUUCAACAUUCAGGAAGCUUCAGGUUGACAGUGCUUGCAGCCUAGAUCAAGCAUCAAUCAGCCAGACGUCAUUGGGCCCUGAGUUUCAUGAUGCCACCUUCAGGCUGUCUUCAGUUACCAGUGCAUGCAGCCUAGAUGAAGAAACAAUCAGCCAGACGUCAUUGGGCCCAGAUUUGGAUGAUUCCAUCUUCAGCAGUGAAAGCAACCUGUCACAAGACUACAACCAGACUUUGAUGAAAUCCAUUGUCAGCCCUGUUCUUGGGAGCAGUGGUUCCAGCCUGUCUCGGACCAUCAGCCAAGUAUCAAGUAUUGAGGAUUUCAGUGAAUCCAUCCUCAUAGCCUAUUCCUUUCAGCUGUGAAUCCAGUCACAAGAUAUCAGCCAGAAUGAAUGAAAGUUUUGGCAAGAGCUCAAAAUAUACUAAACAUGUAAAAGCAGAAAGAAACAAUUUACUAUUACCAUAACCCCCACACACACUUCUGCACUUUUAAUGCCUGUUCUCAUGUCGGGUUUCUUUUGUAUUUCUACAGAUUUCUUCCUUGAAUUUGAUUGUCUGCACCCCAAAUACAACCUGCUGGAACCAUAAUCUGAUUCUGUGAAAGAGAUUUGUCAGUGACAAGAUUCCCAGUCUAACUGGUAGCCAAUGCAGUUCUUUCAGGACCGUAGUUGUGUGGUUGCCAAUUAGGCAUUGUGUGAUGAGCCUGACGCCUGUAUU